AUGAACCCAUGCGAACUUCCCCCUUGUCCUCCCUGUCCGCCCCCCUCACCCCCGCCGUGCCAGCAAGUAUGCCAUCCGCCUCCACCGCCACCACCAUGCCGUGUCAAACCUAUUAUGCGAGGGAUGCUGCACGCACAAAUCAAAAGAACUAUUGCCAGCGCUCUGAUUCUGGCGGCGAUGGGUGGAGCGGCAUUCUACUUUGGUGUCCGUUUACCAAAACAGAAAGCGUACAGGGAAUAUUAUGCGAAAGGAGAGUUUGAAGAUUGGGCCGACGAAAUGGCAAGGAAGGGGCUGUUCCAAUCUGUGCCGGCUGCGUCUUUACAAGAUAACCAGCAUGCGAAAAAAUAA